AUGUUGACAUUUGAAAAUAACUCGAGUGUUAUGAUUUCAAUUCUAGGUUUUCGUCGUAUUGGGGUUUCACAUAUCUUAUUAAUACCAACUUGCUCUUCAAUCCCGGAAUUUAUCCAUUUAUGCGAAAUUCCUAACAAUGGUAGGCUUGUUAAAACAAAUGUGCUAUCAGAUUUUCGACCUAGCUUGGAUAAUAAUUUAGAUCUUGCAGCACUGCUACUUCCGAGCCAUGAAUAUUCAGCAUCGGUUCGAUUUUCAAAACGCUUAGUAUUGGUUGUGAUGGAGAUUUUUGCAGAGUCUGGAAGAUGGAAUUUUAUAAAGCAGAUGUCAGCUUCUACUGAAAAAUGUAUUUAUCUCUCCAGAAGUAGGAACGGUGUUAGGGCGAAUAGGAUAUAUGAACCAAAACUAUUUGGGCAAAGGAAUAUGCAAUUAUUGACAUCGGAAGUUCAAAGUGGAGCCACGAGAUUUAAACAAAAAUGUCCGAAUUCUAGCGUCAGUUUGUCAUGGGACAUUGUUGGGACAUGGCCUGGGACAUUGGUGAGACAGUUUGUGGGACAGUCUCAAAAUAAAUCCCUCCAUGUACAAGCACCAUAUUCCAAAGAAAUGACUUUGCAGCAAAAGGUGCAAAGUGCAUAUCGUGCACUCCUAAGAGCUUGCAGAUUAAGGGAUAGAACCAUUGCCUUUAUUAACGCAUAUUACCUGGAACAUUUCUUGGAAUCAGAAUCAACCAGCCCAUCCGAACGGGAUAGAGCAAUUACAAAAGACUCAGACUAUGAGUCUUGCAAUUAUCAGGGGACUUAA